GUGAUAGGAAUGUUUUGCAAAAUCACAGCGUCUUCACGUAUUCAAUCAGAAACUCUGCCAGAUUUCACCGUCGUCUACGGCGAAAACGCUAGACGUAUAGACACGACUACAAAGACUCGAUCAGAUGUCAGAGAUCUCAAAGUCAAGGGUCAAUUGAUGCAUAUCGAGACCCUGAAACGUUUGGUACCCAGCAACACCAUGAAGUGGCUGUCUUGAACGGUGUGACUCGUAGCUGGGACCGUGUUCGGAGGAUAUCGACACGCCGAAAAAGCUGUUGCGAUCUCUACAGAUGAAGUACUGCAGGAUCGGGACUGUCGAGCGGCUAGUCAAAGUAACAACAGUGCUUCCAGCCUUCCGACCAAAACGCGUCAGAAGUUUGGCUACGUCAUGGAAAACGAUCUCACCAAGACCGAUUAAAGUCUUCCUACUCAGCUCGGACGUUAUUCUCAAGAUAAUGUUCAGCCUCUCAAUACUCCGACGAAGCAGAUUCUCAGUACAAACACGAGCCAUCAUGUCACAAAAACUUUCGUAUUCCGCUGCAGCAGGCUCCGCAGAUAUCCCAAAGCCACAACCACACCCAAACAGUCCCAUUGGAAAACACUCGACUGCAAACCAGCAACAACAUGCUUCUGGCGAACAGCAAGGAAACACCCAUGGCAGAUCAACCCAUAAGCGAAACACCUCUCCCUCGCAUGUCCCAAAGACGCAAUCAUCCGAAGAAGCAGUCUACGUCCUGACCCUUCUGACCGACGCAAAACACCACCGCACUCUGACCGAGACACGAAAGAAGUACUUCCCACCUCGUUUGAACAGACUGGAAGCCCACAUAACUCUCUUCCACGCCCUGCCCGGCAGUCUCCUGGAAGAAAAAAUCAAGCCAACACUAAGAGAAGUGUCGAGCAAUACCACACAGUUCCACCUUUUGGCCGCCACGCCAUUCCGUUUGAACAAGGGUAUUGCAAUUGGGUUGCCAAAGUCUUCGGGUGGUGAUGAUGCCAGACAGGUGCAUCAGCAGUUGAAGUUCGCUUGGGAGGACUUUCUGAGUCGUCAGGAUGCGGGUGGGUUUGCUGCUCACUACACCAUUAUGAACAAGGUGGAUGACGAGAAGGAGGUGCAAAAGGCAUUUGAGCAGGUUCAAGAGGAGUGGAAAGGAUGUCACGGUACCGUGCUUGGCCUGUCGCUGUUCAAGUACGACCGCGGAAACUGGGUGCAUGACGAGGACUUCAAGUUUGCGCCGAGUCAGUAGAUCUGAGAGAAGACAGUCCAAAAUCUUGAAUGACCUAACGUCUAUAAUUUGUUGUAAUUAUUCGUAUCUAAAAGGAUCCUCU